AUGACCAGACACGAGAAAGUACCUCUCUACCUUUACUUCAACAAGCCAUCCCAGGGUGCGGGCGAACCUGUGACCGUGCUGGUCCGGGACGGGUGGAGGGUCAGUUCUGACGUUCCCCUGGUGUUUGUGGGAGGGGUGCCUCGCUCCGGGACCACCCUGAUGAGGGCCAUGCUGGACGCCCACCCUGCGGUACGGUGUGGGGAGGAGACGAGGGUCGUGCCCAGGAUACUGGGCCUAAAGCUGGGCUGGGCUGCUGAGAAGGAGGGGGUCAGCACCAAGGUCCUGGACCGAGCGGUCACUGCCUUCCUCCUUCAGAUCAUAGCAGGACAUGGGGAGUCAGCACCUCUACUCUGCAAUAAAGAUCCCUUUACUUUGAAGAGCGCUAAGUACCUCGCUCACCUUUUUCCCAACUCUAAGUUCCUGUUGAUGCUGAGAGAUGGCCGAGCGGCGGUGCACUCUAUGAUUUCGCGUCGCGUGACGAUCGGUGGCUUUGACCUCUCCAGCUAUAGGGACUGCCUGGCCAAGUGGAGCCGAGCCACACAGGCCAUGCUGACACAGUGCACGCAGGUGGGCAGUAAGAGGUGCCUGGCUGUGAGGUAUGAGAGCCUGGUCCUCCACCCUCGCUCCACCCUGCAGACAGUGCUAACGUUCCUGGGUCUGCCGUGGCACGAGGGGGUUCUGCACCACGAAGAGGCUAUAGGAAAACCUGGAGGAGUCUCACUGUCAAAAACGGAACGGUCCACAGACCAGGUGAUGAGGCCAGUGAACUUAGACGCUCUGACUCGGUGGGUAGGUCACAUGCCCCCAGACGUAAUGGCAGACAUGGACGCUAUCGCCCCCAUGCUGGGGAGACUAGGCUACGACCCCAGAGCCAACCCACCUAACUACGGACAGCCUGACCCACAGUUCCUCAACAACACACAAAGGCUUCUGAGGGGAGACUUUAAAACUCCUGUAGCAAGCCUACAUCUGAAAGGACGUCCCCAGAUGUCCAUGAAAGGUUCACAGACAGAGAGGUGACCGGGUCAGUGCCUGGAACAACGGUCACCCCUGACCUAUGACCCCUGAUUAUCCUCUCAGGGAGGACAACAGCAUCAACCAAAAGGCUGGUGGCUAAGCACCAAGCACAGUCAGAGGGCAUAACCAUGCAUGUGCUCUAGACCUCAUUGAUAGGAAGAAGUGAUGUACAAUGGAGAAAAGUAUAUUACAUCGUUUUUUUACAUUUCAAAAAUGUGUUUACUUACUUGAAUAGGUUCUCCCAAUGCCUCCGUUUUUUGGGUUCCUUACAAAAACAAAAUAAUCUUCACUAUAUUUUUGGUGAUAUCAAAGUGCCGCCAGAAACCAUGUGGAUGAAAGGAGACAAGGGAAAAAAUAGGCUCUUUUAGAAUCCGAGAAUUAAUUACUUACACAAUCGUCUCUAACAUGUAGGCUCAGCAUUCCUGAACAAUCCAAUUACAAGUCAGAAUGUUGAAUAAACUUAUUUUUAACUUA